AAUAUAAAUGACAAAAUCCCCCUAGUUUAUAAAAGUCCCCCUAGUUUAGAAAGUCUUCAACUUUGGGUAUUUUCAUAGCUACUUUAGAUAAGCUGUCUUUAAAGAUGAUUGUGACAUCAUUCGUUUGUUUGCACAUGAGCAACGUUGUUAUGACGCAACUCUGCACGUAGCCUAAUAUUUGCCGAGGGUUUUCCUUGCGUAAAGAGUGCAGCUCCAGGUAUUAAAAAGACUUUCUGGUCAUGAGUUACUCUAGCUACUGUUGGUUUUUAUUAUGAAUGUUGAUGGAGGGAAAGCAGCCAGAGCAGUUCGGCUCAACUUCUAAACUGGACGAUACCAUCCAAAAGAGCUACAAAAUUGACAGGAAAAGAGCCAAAUCCCUGCCUGAAUCAUCAACAGUCAAGGAAAGUCACGGAUGUGGAAAGAGGGUCCAGUUUGCAGACACAAUGGGACUAAACUUGGCAAGUUUCCAGCUUUUAACCUGCCCAUUAGCUCCGAUGCAGUCAAUGUGAAAUCACGCCGACUGGGAGUUGCAUUGGAGAGCAUUACAACUGGAUCUGAAGUGGAAGGUCUUAUCAGAGUGAUGCGCAGCAACUCAAGAAAAAAAGUUGGGGUCAGGUACACUUUAAAUAACUGGUUGACAUUUUCGGAUAUUCAAGCUGCACCCAGACUGGAUGAAGAACCUGUGCUGCAAUGGGAAAAUUUUCACUUUGUUUUGCAGGCACCACCCUGCUUUGACCAAGAUUCAUCUGUGCAUUUCGCAGUGUAUUGUCAGACUGAUCAUGGGGAAUACUGGGACAAUAAUGAUGGGCAAAACUACACAUUAAAGAUGCGGAUCCCUUGAUAAGAUUGCGGUAUUUGACAAUUUGGUGCAAGGAUCAGUAAGGAGGUUUAAUAAACUGAAGCUAACUGUAUCUGCAGAUAAAAUCAUGA